AGGAUCCACAACUGCAACAAGGAGGUUGACUAUAGAGGAGGAACAAACAUGGCGACCGGCUAUGCGUGGUUUCUUGUGCUGGGCUCGGUUUUUCUAUGCAAUCUCAUGAAAACACUGCUGCCGACCAUAUCGUCUUUCCUCUCAAAAAUGGUUCAGAAAGACGCAGAGCAGGAGAGUGAGAUGAGGGCCGAAAUCCAGGAGAUGAAGAAGGAGCAGUCCUCAAUUAGCAUGAUGGAUGAGUUUGCUAGAUAUGCCAGACUGGAGCGCAAAAUCAACAAGAUGACCGACAAGUUGAAAACACACGUGAAAUCAAGAACAGCACAACAAGCCAAAAUGAAAUGGGUUGUGAACAUUGUCUUUUAUAUUCUGCAGGCUGCUCUGAUGAUCUCCUUGAUAUGGAAGUAUUACUCUGAUCCAGUGACAGUGGUCCCCAGUAAAUGGAUCGCCCCUGUGGAGCGCCUUGUGGCCUUCCCAACAGGAGUGGCAGGUGGAGUGGGAAUCACAUGCUGGUUGGUGGUUUGCAACAAAGUAGUUACACUGGGUCUCCAUGCCGUCAGCUAGAGACUCCAGCUGAGUUAAAUACACUCAUUAUCUAACUUCUUCCUCAACAUUUUGCCGAUGAAGGCCGCAGUUUUGUGUCAUUUUUUGUCAUCUGCUUCAGGUCAACAUGUAAAAAUGCAGAGCAUUUUGGCAUUGGCUGUUUCAUGUUCCAUGUAUUUUGGUGAUGUUGAAUUUUUUUCAUUUUUUGUUAAUUUUAAGUUAAUUGUGAUGAUGUUUUGUCUGUAUUAUUUAAAAACAUAAUGAUAUGGAAAUGUUGAAAGGCUUUUUUUAGAAGAGAUAAUAAAAGAAAAGCUUUUGA